GGUAUAUAAGUAGUAAAGUAAAAAACAUUGAUAAGAACGUUACCGUCAUUUCCUUAUUUCUUAAACAUUUUCCAUACGAAAUGGAUAUAUUCACUUGUGUUUUCUGUACCUCUUGUCUAUUACUCGGGUGUACCCCGUUAACUGCGGCAUAUUUCAACGAAAUAGGCCACAUGAAAACAAAUCACAGAGUAGAUAUUUUAUAUAAGAGCCAAGAAGACUAUCCUGAUGCAAUCCAAAUGGUUUUAACAUCUCCACAAACAAGAUUGAUAUUAAAUUACACAAAAACUUCAAACCAGUUCAAUAUUCCCAUACAUGUUUUCAACAAGAACCUUAAUCUCUAUGACGUUUUGGAUUUUGGCGAAACAAAGGAUUCUCUGAUAUAUGAAGACAAAGUUCAUGAGACAUUAUUAACAUUCCACUGCCAUAAUUUUGAACCACAUUUCAAAGAGCCCUGUAUCUUUCAGUCAGUUUUUGGAAUAUUUUAUUUGGAUGGACACCAGCAUUUUAUUCAGCCUGAAAAUUUUGAUAAAGAAUUAUGGAGGCAGACAACAAGGAAAAAGCGAAAGAAAACCUACAUUCUUCCACAUAAUGUUUAUAAAACAGUCAGUUUCCAAAAUCAUUCUUGCAGUUUGAAAAAUUAUGAUGCAUUAAAUUUAAACGAAUUACAAAAUUCUGCUCCUCGUAUCAAACGUGCAUCACAGUCAACUCAUAAAAUGCAUACAAUUGAAGUUUUGGCACUUGUGGAUGAAAGAAAAUGGGUUGAAAACAAAACUUUUGAUGAAGGACUUAAGGAAAUGCAGAUAUAUAUUGCUCAUGUCUUUAAAGGGAUUGACAAUUUGUACAGAAAUAUACAAGACAAGGAUGUUAGUUUUUCUGUCAAGCUGAUGGGUAUUGUCGCGCUUCAAGGUAAUGCUGAUAAACAUUAUCUGGAAGAUCAAACGGGCAAAAUUUAUAUCAAUGGUACUCACACGCUGAAAAUUCUCACUGAAGAAGUGGAAAAUUAUUUCUCAAGUUUUGACCACGUCGUUAUGUUUUCACCGUAAGUUGAAGACUUUCUUUCA